UUUUUUUUUUCUUUCUAACGUCAUCUUUUUUCUUUCUUUUUUUUUUAAAAAAAAAAAAUAAUGGCACCCACCAUUAAUUCCGAGGUAGAAUCAGAAAAAUUUCAAAUAGUUUUGGAAGGAUGUGAUGGAAAACUUGCCGAGAAAUCUCUAGUUCAACCUAAAAAACGACAACCUCUUGAUAUUCCUGAUAUACAUUUACCUUUUCCGCCUAUGAUUACGGCUAGUGAAAUAUUUGAAAAAACUUUAGUGAGAAAAUUAUCCAAACACGAAGGUUCCGCAAGAAAAUCUCCGAAUAAAUUUUUAAUAUAUCGUACAGUAGUAGUUUUGGAAUUACACCGACAAAAUAUUCAUUAUUCUAUGACGGAAAUAUCAGGUGCUAUUGCUAAGAAGUGGAGGGAAGAACCAAAGAAUGUCAAAGAUGCAUAUACUAAACUUGCAUCUCAAGUUGAAGAAUUAAAUAAGAAACAUUUUGGUGAAUUUUCAAGGAGAAAAGCAAAUAGAAAACAUAAUGUUAAAUCUUCAUCUUUAGGUGAUAAUCAUCAUCAUAAUCAUCAUCCAAUAAUUUCAAGUAAUUAUUUCAAUGAUCCUAUGAGUAAUAAUUUAAUACCAAAGAUUGAUCCAAUUUCUAUGUCAUGUAAUAAUAAUUAUAACAGUAAUAUGUAUAGUCCAUAUAUUCCACAUACAAUUUGUCCACCUUAUUAUUUACAUCCACAACAACAAAGUAUAUAUCAUGACAGUAGUAAUUAUCAUCCAUUUAAGCAAGAAUCAUAUGAUACCGUAGAUAGUAAUAGUUUUUUGAUUCCAAUUUAAAUGAAAAGAAAAGGUUGG